UGUCACUUGUUAGAUGUCGUCGUCAGCUGUCAUCUAGGUCGGGCGUAUUUUUUCCGUGUUUUAAGCGCUCCAGCUUAUCUGCAAGUUCUUAGUUUACUUAAUUAGAGUCAUCGGCAUAAUUUGCAUUACACACAAAUGCGCUCAGAUAGAAUCCCCCUCGGUUGUGACAAUGAUAACUAAAUAGAGUGCGAGAUACUUUCAGUGUUUAUCGUUUGACGUUUUUCUUCCGUUCUGGCGUUUCGUGCGUGAGAAAAAAACGACAGCAUCGAACAGAAUCCACGUAACAUGAAGUCUCCCAUCGAAUUUGAAGAGUGCCUGAAAGACUCCCCCAAGUUCAGAAAAUAUCUGGAAAGGGAGGAGUCCGACAUCGAACAUUUGGAGCAACGGCUCGAGAAAAUCGUCAAAAUGUGUAUUCUGGCCGUAGAUUCGGGGAAGGAGUAUGUGAAGAACCAAAGCGCAUUUGCAACGUCGCUCUGGGACCUGCAGAAACACUUCGCCGAAGACAAGAACGCGCACAAUGCACUCGGCAAAAUAAUUCAUUGUUUCCAGGAAAUGAACAAGUUCCACACUAUUCUCCUGGACCAGGCCAGCAGGACAGUCCUGAAGAACUUGACUUCGUUCAUCAAGGAUGACAUUAACCAGGUGAAGGACUACAAGAGCCACUUCGCCAAGGUGUCAGAGAGCUUGGACAAUGCCCUCGUGCGAAAUGCUCAGGGUAAGAGGUUUUCAAAAUGGAGGAUUGGUUCAUGUCGAAAACGGCGGCGAAAAUCUAUUAAACAAAAUAACAUGGCUAGCAAAAAUCGCCCGCAGGAGGUAACAGAAGCAGUGAACAUUUUGUCUGCGACAAAAUCCUGUUUCCGUCAUACAGCUCUUGACUAUGUUAAUUUCAUCACAAUGCUGCAGGCGAAGAAAGUGCCGUCAAUACUGUCAACUCUAUUGGACUACUAUCAAGCUUGCGGCACAUACUACCAUCAGGGUUCCGAUCUAUGCAACGAUUUCGAUGAAUUCUUCAAAGGACUAUCCGAAGAGAUCAAUGAUAUGCGUGGCGACUAUUUGCAAUUUGAAAAAUCAAUGCAAAAUCGCCACAUGAGCGUGAACAGUUUCAUAGACAAUAAUUGUACAAAACCCUCGAAUACAAUCGAAGGUUAUCUAUUUAAGCGUAAAUCUAAGGGUUUUAAAACAUGGAGCCGACGCUGGUUCUAUUUGUGCGAUAAUAAGCUACUCUACAGUGAUCUUUCGAGUAUUAGGAAGCGUGGUGACGAUGAAACCAACGUCAUGGAGGAAGAUUUGAGAAUAUGCACCGUUCGGCCAGUUGAUGAUCUGGAUCGAAGAUUUUGUUUCGAAGUUAUUUCGCCAACAAAGUCUCAUAUUUUACAAGCAGAUUCUGCUGAAAUGCGACAGGCAUGGAUUGCCGCAUUGCAGAAUGGAAUUGGUGCUGCUAUUCAUAACAACGCUAUUGCCAGACACAUCAACUCACCCACUUCUACGGGACUGAGUAAUAAAAGGAAAAUACACUGGGAACAAUUUCUGAAAAUUCCCGGCAACUCAAAGUGCUGUGACUGCAAAAGCUCAGAACCACGUUGGGCUUCAAUCAACUUAGGGAUAACACUGUGUAUCGAAUGUUCAGGAGUGCACCGAAGUUUAGGUGUCCACUACAGCAAGGUUCGUUCAUUAACAUUAGACGCGUGGGAGCCUGAAAAUGUCAAAGUAAUGAUGGAAUUGGGAAAUGAUACAAUCAAUCGAAUUUACGAAGCGAGAAAAUCAGAAAACUUGGAUCUAGUAGAAGCUAACGAGAAUUGUGAUAUUAGUGUUCGCGAGGCGUGGAUUAAGGCUAAAUAUGUUGAAAAGAGAUUUGUGCGUCGAAUUCCUCAACCAACUGACGAGGAUGAAAAGGACAUUGAUGAAGAUGUCAGCAGCCGUAAGUGGACUGUAAAGAAAUUUCGAAGACGAACUAGGCGCACGUCCAGCUCGAAGUCAGAAAAUGAAGAAUUGUCUUCAUUAAAUACAAACUCAAUAUCGUUGAAUAUAUCGCGAGAGAAUCUACUUAUGGUUGGUGAGGAUUUGACGAGCACAUCGUAUGAAAACGAAUGUAUUCUUGGAUCAGAUCAGGAAUCAACAGAGGGAGAAGACAACUACUGUGAAGAGGAAGAAGACUUUAGUGAAUUGAAUCCGGAUUUGUUAUUGUAUCGCGCUUCGGCUGGACAUAAUUUACCAGUUAUGUGCAUGGCUUUCGCUUUGGGCGCUAAUAAGUUAUGGCAAAAUGAGAAAGAUUUGAAUCGAACGCCUUUGCAUCAAGCUGUUUUGUCGGGUUCUGUUAUGGCUUGUGAAUAUUUAUUACUGAACGGUGUUCCUAUUGACACCAUAGAUGACAUAGGUUAUACUGCAUUACAUUUAGCUACAGCUAAAGGUUGCAUUGCACAAUCCUAUUUGCUGUUAAAACACAGGGCACGUCAUGAUAUUGUUGCAAAAGAUGGGAAGCAACCUUUGGACAUUGCUGUCGAUCAACGAAAUGCUGACAUAGUUACACUACUUCGUCUCACUCGUCUGAACGAAGAGAUCGGCAUGAGCGAGGACGCGACAGGUGAGGAUGAGACCUACAAGGAUGUUAUGAAGGAUUUUUCGCAUUUCGCAUCAAGCCAACCGAGACUGCUUCGCAACAGGAACGAGAAUAAUAAUGAUUAGAUAAAGAAUCUUGUAUCUAAAUAAUAAGAGUUUUAUAUGACAUCAGUAUAUAUACAAACCUAUAAUUCCAUUUUUUACUACACAUAUGAAUAUUAAAACAGACAGAGAAUACUUAUUAUAAUCAAUGUAAUACCGUUAGGAUUUUUCAACUAUUUAUUGACAUAGUUAUGAUUCUUGGAAUUUCCGUUCCACUUCUUCCAAUGUUAUUUUAGUUUUUAAGUUCAAAGUUCGUUUAAUUUGCGUUUCCCCCUUCGUGAGUCGAUCUAAUCGUUCUAUUAAACGGAUAAGUAAAUGUUAUUGUUAUAAAAGAAGAUAUUUAAGGAAUAUUGUUUUAAAUGUGUAUUUCAUAGUUUUUCAGUCCUCCUAGCUCAUAGAAGUGUGUCUAUUUACGUUUAGGCAUUCACGAUCUUUUCUCGACUGUAUCAUGUAAAUAUGUCAGUGCCAAAAUCAAUGAGGAAGAAAUGAGAAAUGGUGCAAGUUCAAGAUGAAGUGAAACAAUUACAACGAAAUGAAAUAUAGUCCCAUUGUUAUUGAAUGUCCUGCUGAAUGUAAUUCAAUCCGAAAUUGGACGGCAUUCUAUUGUUUAUAAUUAUCAGCGAAAUUUAUAUGGAAUUUGGGUGCUCUUGAGUUGCUAAUGAAUUGAAUUCUGAGCGCG